AUGAUGCCGUCUGCUGCUAGACAAUCCUUUACAAAGGUGUCAAAGCUUCCUUCACUUGCAAUUAUCGAUGACUACCUCGGCACCUCCAAGCCUCACUUUGCGCACAUUCCGUCUACCAAGCUUCAGAUUACUACGUUCAAAGACACCAUCAAUCCUAUCAACGAAGCAGAGACUGCUCGCCUAGUUGAUAGACUGAAGCCUUUUGAAGCCAUUUCGGCGAUGCGCGAACGAACUGCUUUCCCCGGCUCGCUCUUGCGUAGCUUGCCCAACUUGAAGCUCUUGCUGGCCACCGGCACGCAGUUUGAGACGUUUGAUCUGGCUGCUGCUCGAGAGCUGGGAAUCACCGUCGUUGCUGCCCCCGGCCUUGGUCGAACAGAUGGACUCGAUGGUACGGCCUCGCAGACCAACAUCAAGAAGGGCACUGGGCACCCAACUACGCAGCACACAUGGGCUCUCAUCAUGGCUCUCGCCCGCAAUGUUGCCGCCGACGAUGCAGCGCUGAAAUCUGGCUCUGGAUGGCAGAACGGCUUAGCCAUGAGUCUGGCGGGGAAAACGCUGGCAGUUGUUGGGCUCGGGCGACUCGGCGCUGCUGUUGCUCGUAUCGGCCAUCUUGCUUGGGGUAUGAAUGUCGUGUGCUGGAGCGAGAACCUGACUCAAGAAAAGGCCGAUCGCGCUGCGGCCGAAGCUGGCUUGCCCUCUGGAGUAUUUCGAGUUGUGAGCAAAGAGGAGCUCUUCCGCAGCGCCGAUGUCAUCAGCCUGCACUAUGUGCUGAGCACUCGCUCGCGACAUACUGUUGGCGUCAAAGAGCUGGAACAGAUGAAGAGUUCCGCAAUCUUGGUCAAUACGUCUCGUGGACCACUCAUUGACCAGGCAGCUCUGCUCGAAACGUUGGAGCAAGGGGCCAUUCGCGGUGCCGCUUUGGACGUAUUUGAUAUUGAGCCGCUGCCCUUGUACAGUCCGUGGAGGAGAGCAAACUAUUGGGGCGAAGGAGGACGCUCACGGUUGAUUACUACGCCACACAUGGGAUAUGCUGAUGAAGGGCUGAUGAACGCAUGGUAUGCUGAGACGGCUGAGAAUGUGGAUCGCUGGGUAGCGGGCAAGGAAGUAUUACACCGCAUUGCUUAG